AUGGCACUCAACAGCUCUGUGAUCAGCGGUGGGUCUCCUGUAAGGAUACUAAAUAAUCGUAUUCUCAUUGUUCAGGUGGCUAUAGUAGUUUGUCUCUGCAUUAACUUUUUUCUGAUUUCAACAUUUUUUAGGAAGAAUAUAUUUUACACAACGAUGCGUUAUAUCUUAUUUGCUGUGACUCUGCUGUCUGACUGUCUGUUCUUAAUAAUGAGCAAUGCUUUGCUUGUGUCAUCUUAUUUCAGUUUUACCAUUCAGAUCUGGCUGUGCUUUAUCAUGUAUACUAUUCUGUCUGUGUACGCUCUUGUCACACCUCUCACCCUGACAGCUAUGACACUGGAGCGCUAUGUGGCUAUAUGCAUGCCCUUGCGACAUGCAGAGCUGUGCACCACGCGUGGCGCUCUGCAGCUCAUUCUCAUCAUUCACAGCAUCAGCGCGGUUCCCUGCACCAUUAAUCUCUCCAUUUUCUCUGCCACAGUGUCUUCAGAAUUGUACACCAAUAACAGACUGUGUUAUAGGGAGAUGUUCAUUUUGUUUCCCUGGCAGGAUCAUCUAAGCUCAGCAAUGAACCAGUUUUACUUUUUAAUCAUGUGCUCAGUCAUUGUUUUCUCCUAUGUUCAGAUAAUGAAAGCCGCCAAAUCUGCAUCAGGAGAGAAUAAAAAGUCAACAUGGAAAGGUCUCAGAACUGUGAUUCUUCAUGCUUUCCAGCUACUGCUCUGUCUUAUCCAGCUGUGGUGUCCCUUUAUAGAAGAUGCAGUUUACAAAAUUGAUCUGAUUUUGCAUAGAGACAUUAGGUACUUCAACUAUGUAACAUUUUCUAUUGCCUCUAGAUGUUUGAGUCCUCUAAUUUAUGGCCUUAGAGAUGAAUUGUUUUUUCAAGCACUCAGAUCAUAUGCUCUUUGCCGCCUGUAUAGAAAAUAA